UCCCCUAUCUUUCUUUCUUUUUUUGUCUCUGAAGCAGCCGAACGUGCCCUGUUCUCCCUCCUUUCUUGCCCACCUUCUUCCAAAGCAAAUCGAAAACAUAAAAGCAUCUUAGUCACCGGCCUUCUUUCUCCCUAACUACUUCAAAGUAGAAAACCCAUUUCCCCUGUCUUCCUUUCUUUCUUUGUCUCUGAAGCAGCCGAAUGUGCCUUGUUCUCCCUCCCUUCUUACCCACCUUCUUCCAAAGCAAAUCGAAAAUAUCAAAGCAUCUCAGUCACCGGCCGUCUUUUUCGCUAACCACUUCAAAGUAGAAAAGCCCAUUUCCCCUCACCAGAAAAUCCCCACCAAAAUCCCAUUUCUCCUCCUUCUGUGAGUGUCCUUCCUUUUCUCUGAUUUUUUUUCCUUUUUUGGUGUUUCUGCUACUAAUUUGGUGGUAAUGAAUGAUGAUGGUUGGUUGGUAGUAUCUGGGCGACGUGACGAAGCAGGGCAUGGGUCGGUGAAGCCAAACGAAGCAGCAAUACCAGAGGGGAGUGAAGCGGAGGGUGUUCCAGCCACGGGACUUUGGAUUUUCGAAGCAUUGUGCCAUUCCAUUGAGAACAAAGAAUAUGCUGUUGGGCCUAUUCCUCCAGUACAACAGAAUGUGGGGUUUGAAGAUGCUGUUGAUUUGGAAGAAGGAAGUGGUGAUUCUGAUGAGGUGAAUGUCAUCCCAACACAAACUGGUGGAAGCAGUGAAAAAAGGAAGAAAAACACAAUUGGUCCUUCACUUACCGGCAAAGGGAAGAAAGUGAAAGUAGGAGGUGCAGCAUACAUGCAGAAACAAUUGAAUCGUCUUUGUGAUGCAGUUGAAAGUUAUACCACAACUACUUUGAGUGAUUCAUCAAAGAAAAAUUAUGAAACAUAUCUUGAUACCACUGAAGAAUGUAUGGAGAUGUUGUUAACUUUACCUGGAGUUGAAGAUGGUAAUGAGCUUUUUAUGUUAGGUACUCGUUUGUUUGCGAAACGAGAAUAUAGAAAUAUGUUUAGGAGUAUAAAAUCAGUUAACUCAAAACUUGCUUGGCUACAGCAAGAGUUGGAAAGGGACAAGAUAAGGUUUGAGAUGGAGAGGAAGAGAUUCGGUGGUAGAAGGUAUUACUAGCAUGUUUGUAUUUGAGUUUUUAGUAUUAAGACAAUCAUAAUGCUUGUAUUUGAGAUACAAAACUAUUUUCUUUUUUAUUUGUAUUUUCGUUGUAUGUGGACUAAUGUUAUGAAUUUAUGUCUUUUUCAUAAUGUUGUUGUUUAGAAAUUGGACUAGUGAUUUAUAGUUCAAAUAAGGAUUCCAUAUUAAC